UGCGUACCGACGCUGCCAUCUCUACCCCGGAGUUCCCUGGUGGCUCGCGGAGCGCCCUCUGACGCCUGCCUGUUCCGCUGCCCAAGGGGCCGCCAGGAGCUCGCAUCCCGGCGGCGGGAAGCUCACUGGGGGCGCCUGGCUGCGAACCCAAGGCCCCGACUCUGGGUGGAGGGCCGGAGGCCGGCAUCUCUGACAGGAGUCGUGGUGCUCAAAGCCAAGGUGAGAACGAAGCAGAGUUUAAAAAAUAACCAAGAAAGAUGCUUUUGAAGCUGAGUGUUGCAGCCAUCCAGUCCCUUCAUUUUGGUGCUUUGGUGUACAUCAGCCUGAUGUUUGGGAUUUCAUGUGCUUGGCCUGAGAAACCCUGUGUUUUAAAAAUGAAAUUACAGAAUCUACGGCCAGUUUUAUCAUGGGAAUUCAAAAAUGAUUCCAUUGUACCAGCUUACUACAAUUUGCAGUACACAAUCAUGAGUAAACCAGAAGCUAUAAAAACUAUUGAAAGCUGUACAAACAUCACAAGCACAUUUUGUGACCUGACAGAGGCAUGGGAAGACUUUUAUGAGAACUACUUCAUCCUAGUGGAAGGAUUCCAAGGGGCCGUAUCGGUGAACUGUUCGGCCGUUUUCACGUCUCUGGACUUAUAUAUUGAGCCACCAGAGUUUGAAAUUACUGACUUCACAGACCACAUUAAUGUUACAGUAAAAUUUCCAUCCAAGCUCCCCAAGGUACUGAGGAACAAUUUAGAAGAUUACUUACGGCUCAUCAUCAGUGAGGAGACUGGAGGGAUUGUUAAGACGCAUAAACCCGGGAUACCAAAAAACAUCAGUGGAAAUAUCAGCUAUGUCAUUGAGAAGUUGAUUCCAAAAAGCAACUAUUGUGUGUCUGUUUAUUUUGAGCCUACACUUCAGACUAAUGUAGUUAAACCUCCUCCAAAAUGCACCCUCUUUCCACCUGACCAGGAACCAGAAUCAACAGACUCUGCCAAAAUAGGAAGAAUCAUUGCUGUGUCUUUGGUAGCAAUGGUCCUCAUAACCACCACAGCGACCCUGAAACGCGCUGGUUGUAUAUGCUUAAAAAGCAAGUUACCCAAAGCCCUGAGAUUUCACGACUUUUUUACCUGGAUAUUCCCUGACCUGCCUCCAUCAGAAGCCAUGGACCCGGUGGAGGUCAUUUGCAUCAACAGGAAGAAGAAAGUGUGGGAUUACAACUAUGAUGAUGAAAGUGACAGUGAUAAUGAAACAGCCCCCGGAGGCAACGCUGGCGGUUACACCAUGCACAGCUUGUUAGGUAGGCCUGUCACUCAGGCCUCCGCCUCUCCGGUCGCCUCGGAGGGGUCUCAGUCCCCCAACCUGGGCACUAGGGAGUCGGAUGUGGAGGAGCUUAACUCACCAGAGGCCCAUGCUGAGCCACCCACGAGCCCCAGGUGGGACUUUUGCCCCUUGCCCCCGGAGUGUACCAGUGAGAGGCCAGAGGGCCAGACCACGGACCCCUUCCCCAAUGGGGACAGCUGCUCCCCUGUGAGCUCCGGGGAUGGAACUGCCUUCAAUGUGGAUUUGAAAUCUGUGUUCAUGAGGCUCCUGGACGAGGACCCAGAGGAAGCCCCUGCGAGGUUGUCACCCCUCCCGGAAGACAUCAGCAACCCGGAGGACCACAGUAACCCAGAGCCAAGCCUGCUGAUGUCCAGCACGGAGGCCAUAACGCUACCCAACCCCAGCACCUGCUCUGAGUGCCAGUGGCCUGAGGACACUCCUUCCGAGAAGAGUGGCACUUCAGACUCUGACUCCGACUCCGAUGUUGCUGCAGGGGGCGGUUAUAUAAGGAGAUGAGCCAAAAACGUAAACCCACCCAGGACCCACACGGUUCUGUCUUCCGGGACCGUGCUGUGCUGCUCUGAGGUUCACAAGUAUUCUCUGAGAGGAGUAGGACAGUCGUCUCGUCUGUUCCCCCUGGUGGCAUCACCUGUGCAAGAUACUCAGUAUGGGAAGCACCCUGUCACUCGGUGCAUUAUUUCCAAGUUCAAAGUGAUACUCUUUGAAAUGGGUCUACUGUAUCCAUUCCUUUAGGCAGAUGUGCCCAGGAGCAAGAUUCCUCGUGACUUCCAGGGCGAUCUUGUGGCCUUGUGGUAUGUCUGAAAUAAGGACAUUGGGCCAGGGGAGCCCCAGAAUCAACAUGGUUUAACCAGCAGAGACCAGAGCAGCUUUAUCUGGAAAGGGUAGCCAGGCAGGCCUGCAAUGGGAGAGGGGGCAGGGGGCAACGGCCGAGAAAGGCGGACAUCUCCCUGCAGGUUCCCUGGGCACCUCUCAGAUAUCUACCUCCUGAACUGUGAAAACUCCACUGCCAGCCCCUCAUCCAGUUCCCUGAGGUGGGGAAGAGGGAAGGACAGAUCACAGAUGCUAUAAGCCCAGAAUCAGCUGGGUGCACUAACAGACCAAGGACACAUUGCAUAGGCAAGAGGAGUCAAAUCUCAGGGUCAUCUUUUAGUUUUUUAAAAAAAAAGAAGAAGAAGAAAGAAAAGAAAAGAACAAAAGGGCUUCCAAUAUUUCAGAACAAGCAUGGCAGAUAAGUGCUAGAGAGGAGGUUUGAGACUGGAAAGUGCUGUAUGCCAAUGCCAGGGGUUAGCUGUGUGCUUGCGUUUCUUGUAACUCAGGAAAAAAAAAAGUGAGGUUCUAGAAUGUCAUGGACCAAACAACAGGAGGCCUGAGCUGUGAUCAGAGCUCGGACUGCUGCCGUUUUUGCUGGCGUGGCUCUGGGCAUUUUCCCCUGACCUCCACUGCCUCAUUCAGGAAUUGGAGGAAGUUGACUAGGUCAUCACCCUCUGAAUUGAAGGGAAAUAAUAGGAAAUAGGAAUUGAAAAAAAAAAAAACAUCCGGUGGAAAGGCGUGGGCACCUCCGUUCUUGCUGCCUGCACUCCAAGAGUGGGUUUCUUGGACCUGUCUCCCAUGACUAGUCCAAAGAUGACAGGCGCAAGUUCCAGAAGACCUAGUUCUAGGCCCAGAUUUUUUUUGUAACUUUGCUCUCAGAUCACUCUGCAGAGGAGGGAUGGGAGUAAGAAUCCACAACAUUCCAUAGGAAAGAGCCCAGAAACACAUAAUCCUUGCGGUGCCUUCCGAAAGUCUGCACUUCCAAAGUGACAUAACUUCGGGAACGAGCUCCGGGGCCUGACUUUGUGUGAACACUGCAGAGUUCCGUAUGGUGGCCGGAAGCUGGUGACGGGCAAUACAAAAACACUUUUAAUACAAA